UAUAAAUAAGUAAUUAGUUAAUUUAGUGAAAAGUAAUUGUUUUUAAUGAUUUCUUUACAUAGAUUAUAAUAGAUUAGUUUAAAAUAAAUCUCAUAUAGCAAAUAUGGUAUAAGAAUUUUGCAUCAAAACUAAAUACCAAGCAAAUUAUAGUACUGCUUCAGUUAGAGCAACAAAGAUAAUGAGCCAUAGUAAAAUUAAGAUUCAGCAUAAACUAACAAAAAUUUAAGUUAUGUUGAUGAGUUGAAGUAAAAAACUAAAAAUUAAUUGAUACAAAUCAAAAUGCAACAAAUUGCUGAAUCUCAAAAAACUAAAAAGGAAUAUCGUGAUGCAGUCUUAUUUGAAGAAAUUUUGAAUACUUAAAAAAUUAUUCCCUUGUAUGAUUGCUAUGGAAAAGUAUUUAGACAUGAAUUGAUAAAAAAUUUAAUUUUUGUUUUGGGUGGCUUUGGAAUUUUGUACUAUUUCUACAAUGAUCCUGACUCUAAGCCUAAAAAGAAAACUUUCCUUUGUGCUUUAACUUUGUCUUUUAUUGCAACUAGAGUUCUCACUUAUCGCCGUUUAUAAAAGAGUUUUGUUGAUAAGAUUAUUUAUGAUACUACAACUUAAAUGGUCACCUUGACAAAAAGGACUUUUUAUGGUAAAAGAUUUGACCAAGAACUAAACCCUGCUUUACUCUUAUUUACAAAUGACAAAUCUUUGAAUAUGAGAAAUAUUAAUUAUAUAAAUAUGGAAACAUUAGAAACUUAUCAAAUUGGAUACGAUUACGCUUGGAAAAACAAGGCCCUAUUUUCUCACAUCCUAGAAUAAAGAAUAGAAACUAUCAGAAAUAAAAAAAAUUGAUUUUAAUUCUUGUAAUUAUAAUUAAAGCUAUUGUAACAAAAUAUAUUAAAAUAUCUAUUACCCUAGAGUUGAAAAUUUUAAUUUUAGAUAACUAU